CAACACUCGGGGAACAUUAGGAAGAAUCAGGCGUACAGUCGCCUUCAGUCUCCGUGUACGGAAGCCUUCUUCGAUCAAGCGUCGCGCAUGACCGUCUAUAGCUGGGGCCGCGGCGAAGACGGCCAGCUGGGUCUCGGAGACACGAGCGACCAGCACCGCCCCGUUCCUAUCGAUGCACUGGCCGAGCGGCGCAUCGUGCAGAUCGCAUGCGGCAGCGGCCACACCGUCGUGCUAACGGAAGAAGGAGAAGUAUACACAUGGGGACGUGGCGACGACGGGCGCCUGGGCCACGGAGACAACGGCUGGAAAUUCGUGCCGCGCCUCGUGGAGGAGCUUCGUGGCAAGAACAUUCGCCAGGUCACGUGCGGCAGUUACCACACGGCAGCCGUGACGGUCUCAGGCGACUUGUAUACGUGGGGUGGCGGCAUGUAUGGCAAGCUGGGUCACGGUAACGAGACGGGUCACUCCACCCCAUUCCUAGUGGAGACGCUUAAGAGCAUGCAGGUGCGGCAAGUGGCCUGCGGUAGUCGCCACACGGUCGUGCUAUUGGAAAACAAGGACGUUUACACAUGGGGAGACAAGGAAAACGGCGUCUCAGGCCACGGAGACACCGAAGGACACCAGUACCUGCCGUGUCCUGUUGAAGAGCUUCGUGGCAAGUCGAUCGUCCAGAUCUCGGCAUGUGGCUUCCACACGGCCGCUCUAAGCGAGUUCGGAGAGGUUUUUACCUUUGGAGAGGGCAAAUUCGGACGACUAGGUCACAAUUCAGAGCGAAACCAACCCGUGGCUCGCUUUGUGGAGGCGCUGGCGGGCAAACGCGUCAAACAAGUCGCUUGUGGAGGCUUCCACACUGCAGCAGUUACGGAAACAGGAGAAGUUUACACAUGGGGUGGGGGCGAGCAUGGACAACUCGGACACGGCGACAAGGUGAACAAAACCGUGCCUACGCGUGUGGAGAGUCUCGUGGAGAAGCUGGUAGUGCAGAUCACAUGUGGAUGGAGUCAUACAGUCGCGCUCACAGACACGGGCGAGGUGUAUACAUGGGGAAACGGAGACCACGGUAAGUUGGGGCACAACGACACGACCAAGGUCACGUUACCGAAGCUAGUGGACGUGCUGGAGGGCAAACGCGUGAUCAGUGUAGCGUCUUACAACGAACACACAGUCGCGCUCGUGGAUCCCGUGGCGAUGCUACGUGCCUCCAUGCUGACGUCUUCGUACGUAGGUGACAUGCGCCAGCUCAUCGACAGCGCUGAGUUCUCGGACGUGACUUUCCUCAUCGAAGGGCGUGCUGUGCAUUCCCAUCGAGCCAUUUUGGCUGCUCGCAGCGACCAUUUCCGUGCCAUGUUUUCGUCCGGCAUGCGAGAGUCUCAUGAGCAAGAGAUCCCGCUGAUGCAUACCCGAGUGCCAGUGUUCCUGGCGCUACUGGAGUAUAUUUAUGUGGACUCGAUCAAUGUGGGCGCUGAGAUGGCGUUGGAGUUGUACGCCGCCGCCGAUCUGUACACACUGGACCGCCUCAAGGGCCUCUGCGAGAUUAUUGUGCAAAAGAACAUCAACGUGGAAAACGCGGCCGCACUCUUCCAGUCCGCAGACGACCUGCAUUCCUACCGACUGCGUGAGAUCUGCUUGUCGUACAUGGUGCAGAACUUCGACAUGGUCACAAAAUCCGAUGGUUUCGCCAGUCUGUCCCGUGAUCUCAUCCUGGAAGUGUUGCAGAAUCGGUAGAAGGACAAGACGACAACUCACGGCGGCCAAGAUGCAGCAAAUUCCCCUAACUUUUGGUUUCGUGUUCUUGCAUGUUUCUUCCAAGCUAGCCACUCCCCGAGGAGAGUCUCCUCUUAAUUGUAUACGAAGAAAACAAACACAGCUAUCAUUAUUAACAGCAACUGGCCUUGCUACUGUCCUUUUACGCUAUGUCAGCCCCAUCCUGGUUGGUGAUCUUCUGGAAGUUCCAGUCGUGCACUUCGAUGCGCUUGCCCACAUCCUCCAGAUUCUUCGUCACGACCUCGAGCCAGAACUCGGCCAGUCGGAGCUCGGCUUCAAUCGACACAUACUUCAUCUCCGCACGAUUGUAGUCGCUGUUGCUCUUCAGGUACGCGCGAUGGCUUUCGCGCUGCGCCUCCCGCAUCUUCUCCAGGAUUGGAUUCACAACAACGUGGUGAUUUCCAUUGCCAUCGGCUGGUCGUGUGGGCGUCGACGUACUACUUGGGUCGACUCGUGGAGAUGAAGUGGUCACUUGGUCCGAGAUUGUUACUGAUUUCGCUGGGGUAGACAAUCCAAGAGGUGCUGGGGAGGACGAAGGAGCGCGCGCAUCGGGAUGGAAAAGACGACGGCUGUGCAAGUGCUGGUGACUGUAGCCAUAGGAAUUACUGCGGCCAUCAUGAUUUCCAGUGGCUGAUAAGCGCUGCUCAUCAGCACUUCUGUCUUCCAACAUGGUAGCCUCCUUGACGUCGUGCUUCACAUCGUUCUUGCUAUCGUUAAACUGACCAGUUUUUGCCUUAGGUGGAGUACUCGCUGAAGACAUCGGUGACUGCUUGGCUACUGGCGGGUUCAUUGCCCGCGUGUCGUUAGUGCGACUGCUACUGGGACCACGGGGAGAUCCCGAUUGCGAAGCCGCGUCUUCUAUUCGGCACCAACGGGAAUCCGACCGCGAUCUACUUGCCCGAUCACGGCGUGGGCUAGGACUACGCCGACGCACACUAGUACUGCGACAGCGAGGACUUGCACUGCGUUCACGUGGACUAAAACUUCGCUGCCGUGGGCUAGGACUACGUCGACGAGGACUCGGACUGUACUGGCGCCUUGGACUUGGGCUGCGGCGAGGUGGAGUCGGACUCCGUCUAUGCGGACUUGGGCUGCGGCGGUAAGGGCUCCUGCUGCGUUGACGCGAGACAUAUUUCUUGUAUCUGGGUGGACUGGGGCUUUGGCGUCGUAGACUGGGGCUGCGCUGGCGAGUAUGAGAAACCCUACGACGGGGACUGGAGCUGCGUCGAUAUCUCGAGUCCCGACGACUGUCCCGACUGCGACUGGUAUCGAUGCUACGGCUUCUGCUGCGCCUAUUGGUGUAGCUUCGCGCAUUGCUGGUGAAGUUCCUUUCUCUUUGGUACAGAUGGCGCUGGGGACUGGCGCUGGGGCUGUGUAUGUAGUGUUCCCGGUGUCGGUCUCUGGUAGCCCACGCCUUACUCGUUCCCCAAGACUGUGGCGCUCGUUCGACAACACUGCGACUUCUACUACGACUCGGACUGCGACUGCGACGCCUGUGGAUGCGCUCGGGGGUGCGACGGCGCGGCGAGCGGCUUCUGCCACGGUGAGAUCGACGGCGAUCCAUCGAGGGAGAUCAAAAGCGUAAGUGUACACCAACUGCACACGAAGAAAAUGUUUCAUUUAUGUGGUACUAUUAUUACCUCCAUUUCGAAAAAGAAUGUUCACUUCAAAGUGGUGUAAGCUAC